AUGGAGCAACUACGUAACAGCCUGGAUGGCGAAAGUUAUCACCAGCUAGUUGCUAACAAGGUAACCGAUCGGGCUCUACUGAUGUUUGAAGACGCAGAUCUAUUUUUUUUCCUUUGCCAUCCCCGGUUGAAAUCGAAAAAAACUCCUGAAGAGAAGCUGAGAGCUGUCCUUCUCGACGACGCAAAGUUCCGAUUUGUUGUUUACAAUGAGCUGGAUCAAAACAAAGUACCCAGUGAAAAACAUCUGCGUGAGAUGUGUAGUAUCUUGUGUCGUCAUCAGUUCGAAAAAUCGAUUUACGACAAUAAAGGGAUAUUGGUGAAACAUAUGAUUCGAACAUUUCCUCAGUUGAAAAGCACACGGGCGAACGAAAAUGCACCAGAAGAGUCUGCAUUUUUCUGGUGGCACAACGGAAAUUCUAAGGGUGAUCACGGCGGUUAUAUCUAUCAUAAAGUGCGUAACAUCAUAAAAGGUUUGCCCAAAGAAAUUAAAAAGUACAGUCGACCUGAUCUUAUCAACAAACAACCGCACCCACCGCCUCCCGAUGGCCAAUUUUCCUAA